AUGGCUGCUAAUUUCACAAAGACCCCCGUCCCCAUUAGAAAUGCUGAAGAACGUAUCCACGACUGGAAAGAAGUUGUCUUGGGCUUUUCCAAAGAAGAGACUGUAGAGGAAGCGUCUCGCUGCCUUGGUUGCAAGAAACCGAUGUGUGUUCCUGUAUGUCCCGCACACAUCAACAUCCCACAGUUCAUCUCCCACUUGAAGACUCAGCAAUACAAUGAAGCCAUGCAGAUCAUUUUAGAUGAGAUGCCAUUGGUUAAUAUUUGUGGGAGAGUCUGCACUCAUUACUGUGAGGACAAGUGUGUCAAGUCACGACGAUCUGGUGGCCUUCAAAUUAUGGAACUGAAGAGAGCUGUAUCUUCCUAUUGUAAUGAAGAGGAUGUCCCCAUCACCUGUUUACCCAACACUGGAAAGAAAGUAGCUGUUGUUGGAUCCGGUCCUGCUGGGUUAGCUGCGGCCUAUUUCUUGCGCCGCAAAGGUCACAAAGUUGUAGUCUAUGAACAGAAGCACAAGAUUGGAGGGAU